AUGAGGGAACUCAACGGCCGCAGCAAGUCCAUAUUUACCGUCACUGUUGUCUUCUUGGGAAUCUCAUUCAUCUCCGUCUGCCUAAGAUGUUUUGUCAGACUGAGGUUAGUGAGGGCCUUCGGGUGGGAUGAUGCUCUAAUGGUGUUCGCGAUGGCAUUGAAUAUUUUAUUUGCGUUAUGUGGCAUAACAGGAGCGCUUUAUGGGAUGGGACAGAAACUUGGCACUCUCGAGAUGCAUGAUAUUCAAACGGCAAUGUUUUGGUGGUGGCUAGGUCAAUCAAGCUAUGUCUUCACCUGUGUGGUUGCCAAAAUCUCCAUCGCGGUAGCUCUUCUUCGUCUCACUGUCGCCCGAAUACAUGCGAUUCUGCUCUGGGGUGUUAUCGCGGUGUCCAUAGUUGUGGGUAUCGUUUUCUGGUUCAUUUUGACUCUGCAAUGUCAACCCGUCGACCAUUUUUGGCAUCGGGAUAGACCGGGAAAGUGUUUGGAUGUGGACUACAUUCUCGACGUCGCCUAUCUUUACAGCGUUACGGCAACAAUCUGUGACUUUACCCUCGGUAUUUUACCCAUCUUCCUCGUAUGGAAGCUGCAGAUGAACACUCGCACAAAGGCCGCCUUGGCCGGAAUUUUAAGCUUGGGGUGCAUUGCUAGCGCAGCUGUUAUAGUUCGAAUCCCCUACCUUCAAUCCUAUAAAGACAAAGAAUUUCUCUAUGCAACGGCCGAGAUCUCGAUCUGGUCGAACAUCGAAGCCGGCCUUGGAAUCACGGCAGGAAGCCUGGUUACUCUCCGGCCACUUUUCCGUUGGUUCCGUGAAGCCAGCUACGGAGCCUCUCGCAGUGCCAAGAGAACCCCUGGCAGUAUGCCUCUGUCCAGUAUGAAUGGCAAUGGCACUCAUCGAUCCCACCAUGAUCGGACUGGGACCAAUUUUUGGCGACCCGACCUAGACCGCGAUGAUUCUCGCGGGGUAAUCACCACGGUUCAAACCUCCAGGGGGAGUAGGAAUAGCAGUCAGGAAAACCUGAAUCCUACGCAAGACACGGUGAACGGGGUCAGCGUACAAAAGGCAACACUAGUGGACGAUCCUCAGAUCAUAUACGCAUCGCUACAUAACCCCCUUCCUACUCAGGUUCACACCUAUGUAUGGCCAUUUCUCAUUGUAUGGCCUGCCUUUUUUGCCUUUUAUCUUUCUCCCGAACGCUACGACACCUACAUCCAGGGCCAAGAAUGGACGUUUGUGUGGGUUGCGUCGAUUAUCACAGCCCAAUCGCUUCUUUGGUUGAUGACAAAAUGGAAUAUCAACAUCCAAACGUUGUUCACGGCCACCAAGGCCAAGUCAAUUGAUUCAGCUCAGCUCAUCAAGGUGAUUCCCGGGGCUAAUGCUGGUUCGGCCGAGAUAUGCCCUCUCGUCUACGAUACAAUGGGUGGAAAGAAAACAUACUCGUUCUUGUUCCAGAAGCGCCGUUUCCUUUAUUACCCCGAACGUCGGUGCUUUGCUCCUCUAUCCUACGUCCUCGAUGCCGAACCCAAGCCCACUAUUAAGUCCUUCCAGCAAAGCCAGGGUCUGACCUCCAAAGUUGAAAUCGAGAACAUUCAGUAUCAUUACGGUGACAAUACAUUUGAUAUUCCUGUUCCAGGAUUUGUUGAACUGUGGAAAGAACAUGCCGUAGCACCUUUCUUCGUUUUCCAGAUCUUUUGUGUGGGGCUGUGGAUGCUGGACGAAUACUGGUAUUACUCCUUGUUCACGCUAUUCAUGCUCGUCGCUUUCGAAAGCACGGUAGUGUGGCAGCGCCAGAGGACACUCAAUGAGUUCCGAGGGAUGAAUAUCAAACCUUAUGACGUGUGGGUUUAUCGUGAGAAAAAGUGGCAGGAAAUCACAAGUGAUAAACUUCUACCUGGUGAUUUAAUGUCCGUCAACCGCACCAAGGAAGACAGCGGUGUGGCCUGCGAUAUUCUCUUGAUCGAAGGCACUGCUAUCGUCAAUGAGGCUAUGCUUUCCGGUGAAAGCACACCCCUUUUGAAGGAAUCUAUUCAACUACGACCAGGCGAUGAUCUGAUCGAACCUGACGCGCUGGACAAGAAUGCCUUUGUUCACGGAGGAACCAAAGUUUUGCAGAUCACCCACCCGAACGCAAAUGCUGAGGAUUCGGAGAAUUCUCGGAAGAAUGGGUCCAAGGUCUCUCCCCCGCCGGACAAUGGUGCGGUGGGCGUUGUUGUGAAGACUGGAUUUGAAACGAGCCAAGGUAGCCUGGUGCGGACCAUGAUCUAUUCCACCGAACGUGUCUCUGCCAACAAUGUAGAGGCCCUGCUUUUCAUUUUGUUUUUGCUCAUGUUUGCGCUUGCCGCUGCUUGGUACGUAUGGCAGGAAGGUGUGUCCAAGGACCGGAAGAGAUCAAAGUUGCUUCUGGAUUGUGUCCUCAUUGUUACGAGCGUCGUUCCUCCAGAGCUUCCUAUGGAGCUGAGCCUUGCUGUCAACACGAGUCUGGCCGCCCUGAGCAAAUUCGCAAUCUUCUGCACGGAGCCUUUCCGUAUUCCGUUUGCGGGACGCGUGGAUAUCGCUUGUUUUGACAAGACUGGCACAUUGACCGGCGAAGAUCUUGUCGUUGAUGGUAUUGCAGGACUCACUUUGGGUCACGACGGUGCAAAAGUUGAGAAGGAUGGUGCACACACGGAGCUGGCCAAGGGUGGUAACAUUGGAAUUGACACGACGCUUGUCCUUGCCAGUGCUCAUGCUCUGGUCAAGCUGGAUGAGGGUGAUGUUGUUGGCGACCCCAUGGAGAAGGCUACUCUACAGUGGCUGGGUUGGAACUUGGGUGCGAACGAAACGUUGACCUGCAAGAACUCGAUCUCGUCGGGGACUCGCUCCCUUGAAUCAGUUCAGGUUAAGAGACGGUUCCAGUUCUCAUCUGCACUGAAGCGUCAGAGCACUAUUGCUACGGUUGUCAACCAGGAUCGGAAAACCUCAAAGAAGAUCAAGUCUACAUUUGUCGGUGUCAAGGGUGCCCCGGAGACGAUCAGGAACAUGCUCGUCAACACGCCUCCCCAUUAUGAAGAGACCUUCAAGCAUUUUACUCGUAAUGGAGCUCGUGUCCUCGCCCUCGCUUACAAAUAUCUUUCUUCCGAGGCCGAACUGUCUCAGGGACGCAUCAAUAACUAUACUCGAGAGGAAGUCGAGUCCGACCUGACAUUCGCUGGUUUUCUUGUGCUGCAGUGCCCGCUGAAAGAUGAUGCUAUCAAGGCUGUGCGUAUGCUCAAUGAGAGCAGCCACCGCGUCGUCAUGAUUACUGGUGAUAACCCAUUGACUGCUGUGCACGUUGCGCGCCAGGUGGAGAUCGUGGACCGGGAGGUCCUGAUCCUGGAUGCUCCUGAGCAUGACACUUCAGGGACCCGAUUGGUUUGGCGCAGCAUUGAUGACAAGUUCAAUCGCGACGUCGAUCCUACCAAGAGUUUGGAUCCCGAGAUUCUGAGGACUAAGGAUAUCUGUAUCACGGGCUAUGCGUUGGCUAAGUUCAAGGGCCAGAUGGCCUUUUCGGAGCUUCUGCGACACACCUGGGUUUAUGCCCGUGUCUCCCCUAGGCAGAAAGAGGACAUUCUUCUUGGUCUUAAGGAUGCCGGGUAUACUACAUUGAUGUGUGGUGACGGUACGAACGAUGUCGGAGCCUUGAAGCAAGCCCAUGUUGGUGUUGCUCUAUUGAAUGGAUCACAGGAGGACCUCACCAGGAUUGCUGAGCAUUAUAGGACCACGAAGAUGAAAGAAAUUUACGAGAAACAAGUGGCUAUGAUGCAACGGUUCAAUCAGCCCUCCCCUCCUGUGCCCGCACAAAUUGCUCACAUAUAUCCUCCUGGCCCAUCCAACCCCCACUACCAAAAGGCUAUCGAGAGGGAAGCGCUCAAACGAGGUAUUAAGGCCGACGGACAAAGUCACCAGGGGACAAUUCCAACUAUCACGUCCCCUGGUGCCCAAGCUUUGCAGCAGGCCCACUCCAACCUGACCCCUCAGCAACAGCACCAGCAACAAGCUUCUAUGGCAGCUGCCGGCCUCGCAGAUAAACUUACCAGCUCGAUGAUGGAACAGGAACUUGACGACAACGAGCCGCCCACGAUUAAACUGGGAGAUGCAUCUGUGGCGGCACCAUUCACCAGCAAAUUGGCCAAUGUCAUUGCGAUCCCCAAUAUUCUUCGUCAGGGUCGUUGUACGCUAGUUGCGACCAUCCAGAUGUACAAGAUUCUCGCCUUAAACUGCUUAAUUAGUGCCUACAGUUUGAGCGUCAUCUAUCUCGAUGGAAUCAAGUUUGGAGAUGGGCAGGUGACUAUCAGCGGUAUGCUGAUGAGCGUUUGCUUCCUCUCUAUUUCACGUGCCAAGUCUGUCGAAGGCCUAUCGAAAGAGCGCCCACAGCCAAACAUUUUCAAUGUGUACAUCAUCGGUUCCGUGCUUGGACAGUUCGCCAUCCACAUUGCCACCUUGAUCUACUUGUCAAACUAUGUUUACUCUAUUCAGCCGAGACAAUCGGACAUUGACCUGGAGGGUGAAUUCGAGCCAUCCCUCCUGAACAGCGCCAUCUAUCUUCUUCAGCUUAUCCAGCAAAUUUCCACAUUUUCAAUCAACUACCAGGGUCGUCCUUUCAGAGAGUCCAUCCGCGAGAACAAAGCUAUGUACUGGGGUCUUGUGGCAGCCUCUGGCGUUGCGUUCUCAUGUGCCACUGAGUUCAUCCCAGAGUUGAACGAGAAGCUGCGUCUCGUUCCAUUCAGCACCGAGUUCAAAGUUACGUUGACGGUCUUGAUGGUUAUCGACUAUGCUGGAUGCUGGAUUAUUGAGAACGUCCUCAAGACGCUGUUCAGCGAUUUUCGGCCCAAAGAUAUUGCCGAACGCCGCCCAGACCAGUUGCAGCGCGAGACAGCUCGUAAGGCGAGAGAGGAGUUGAAGGCGUUGACGGAGAAAGAACUGCAGAGGAAGGUUUAA